GGAAAUACGCAAUUGUGGCAAAUUUGAGGUCAAAAGCGAGUGCGUUACAUUUCCACGAAGUCGUAAUAAUUAGCGUUGGCGCGUUAGUGGUGAAUUAAAAUGAAUUACCUAAUAAGAACGUCCUUAAUGAUAUAAAGGCAGUAUAAAAGCGCUUUCAAGAUGAAGAGUGGCGUCAAACUGCGAUUUGUAUACGGUGACAUGAUCGUCGCAGCGUUUAUACCAUUCUUUUUAGCUGUGCAACUUCCUACCAAGGAUCAUGCGUGGCCACAUGGACCCGAAUACAUCUUCACCGUUCAUAUGAACGUGACAGGAAUACCACAGUGUCCUCAUCAUGUUCCAGCGUGCGGUGACCCGUCCGGUUAUCGUAUCACCUCUCGGUUACAUUGCAUUCCGAAGAGGAAUGAUACUCUAAGCUGCAGCCUUAGGUACGUUGAUGGCUUCGACUUUGGUACGAUCGGUGGGGAAGACAAUGUCGUGAAUCGACGGAGGAACAUCACUGAUGCGUCUAUCGAGCUAUUGUUUAACGAGGAAGGCAUCGAGAGUAUCGUCGCGAGCCAGCUGACACGGACCUAUGAUCUCAAUAUCUUGAAGACGGUGGCCGAGCAACUACAUCCCGGCAACGAUUUCAAUAACGUCGAAGAUGGCACAUUCGAGGGUGAAACUGCAUCCACUAUAGGUAAAUGCAACGUCACCUUCAGUACGUAUCAUCAUUCCGGAGCUGAAAACAUGGAGAGCCGCGGUUUCCGAUUGAAGAUGUUACCAUCGAAAUUGCAUAUAACUUCCACCGAAACCCUUGUCAUCGACAAGAUAACAAAUCUUAACGAUUGCAGCUGCUACGCAGACAGCUACUUUCGUAAAUAUGGUGACACGGUUGUCUACGAACGUUUACAAGCGGAUUUGGCGAUGAUGACGAGUCAAAUGGAAAUUAGUGAAACGAGUUUUAGUUCGUCUACAAUAAGGAAGGGUAAGUCAAUUUUAAACCACAAGACAUACAACAUAGUCGAAAUUACAAAAAUAAUCUUGGAAGAUAUUCAGCCAGCCGUGAAAGACCCGCCUGCAAUUAUAAAACCCGGCGAGACUAAGAUACUUGCUAAUCAUGAUGUAAAAAGUAUUUCUGCUGAUAAUAAUUAUUGAAAAUGUUACGAAUACAAUAAAGUUAAUUCUAAUAGAAAUAAAAGCCUAUAGAUGCAAAAUCGCUACACGAAAUAAUUAAUAUAUAGAAUUUACUAUACAUGUGUAAUACUGUACUUGUUAUACAAUAAAAAUAACGAAUAACAAUACGUAAAA